UGGCGUUAUGUCUCAUCGGAGGUGGUCACUCCUCGGAAGGUGACCUACCAUGGCAAGGGAUUUCAAGCACCCGGAAGGCUCUCCUACAGCUUGCGGUUUAGAGGCCAGAGACAUAUCAUCCACAUGCGAAGAAAGACACUCAUUUGGCCCAGACACUUGCUGCUGACGACUCAGGAUGACCAAGGAGCCCUACAGAUGGAUUUUCCUUUUUUCCCUGUAGAUUGUUACUAUGUUGGCUUCCUGGAGGAGAUCCCCCAAUCUACGGUCACUUUGGAUACUUGUUCUGGGGGUCUGAAUGGGGUAGUCAUGUUCGAUGACCUUGCCUAUGAAAUCAAACCCCUCAGUGAUUCACACAGGUUUGAGCAUGUUAUUUCUCAGGUAGUAGCUGAUUCUGGCGCAGUGGGGCCUAUGAACAAAGGAAAGCCCAUGGAGCAUAACACGGACCCUGUCUUCUCUGGAACAAAUUCCAGUGUGGCUCCCAGAAUUUCUAGUAGAGACUACGCUUCCCAUCCUGCUGCUAUAAAAGGACAUUUUCAAGCAACCAGUGAAGUUCUUAAGAAAGCACGGUAUAAUGUUUCAAGGUGUGCACAUUAUUUGUUUUCGGUAGCCAGUUUAAUGGACACCUAUUUCAACAGCAUUCAUGUGAGGUACUAUGUUAUUCUCCUAACUGUGUAUACAUGGAGAAAUCCAUUUAGGCAUGAUUACAACCUGCAAAAUGGUGAGGCUCUCCGUUACUAUAAGAGCAACUUUUUUAAUAAUAUAAGGCCUGAUACAUCAAAUAUAAUUAAUGAAUAUGGGCCAGAUGAUCAUGUCGUUGUUCCAAUUGCAAAUAGUAUAUGUACUGGCGAUGCCCUAAACCCUGUUGGUCAAAAUGACAGAUAUUAUGUAUAUGUGUCUGUGGUAGUAACCACUCGUGUUGGGAUUAUUGUAGGUCUAAAAUUUGAUGAUGAGAAGCACUGUUUUUGUCAGAGAAGAUCAACCUGCGUUAUGUUCAAGAAUCCUGGGCUAACAGAUGCUUUCAGCAAUUGUUCCAUCUCAGAGCUAAACAAAAUAGUCAAUACCCCCGGUCAGGCAUCCUGUCUUUUCUAUGACCAUCAUUUUUAUUAUAACAGAUCAUACACCUAUUCUGUUUGUGGAAACUCCGUAAUAGAUGAAGGGGAGCAAUGUGACUGUGGUUCAAACAAGGCUUGUUAUGUAAAUCCAUGCUGUGGGAAUGAUUGCAAAUAUUCACGUGAUAGCAUUUGUGAUGAACAAUUAUGCUGUGCAAACUGCACCUAUAGUCCUCCUGGGACGCUUUGCAGAAGCGUCCAGAACGUAUGUGAUCUUCCGGAGUACUGUAGCGGGAGUGCAGUCACUUGCCCAAAUGACUUUUAUCUGCAGGAUGGAACACCAUGCUCAGAAGAGGGGUACUGCUAUGCAGGAAACUGCACCGAUCGCAGUGUACAUUGCAAGAAAAUCUUUGGUGCAGGUGUUCAAGCGGGUAGUGAAAAGUGCUAUGAAAUCAAUAAGGAAAAGUUCCGGUUUGGACAUUGUUAUAGAUCUCCCGAAAGCCUCGAAUUCACAGCUUGCUCUGAUCAAGAUAAGAUGUGCGGAAGGUUGCAAUGUACCAAUGUCACCUACCUUCCACGCUUGCAGGAUCACGUUUCAUUCCAUCAGUCAGAUAUUUCUGGCUUUUCCUGUUUUGGGCUCGAUGAACAUCGGGGAACAGGAAGAACAGAUGUGGGACAUGUGAGAUAUGGCACUCAGUGUUCCAAAAGUAAUUUCUGUGACCGAGGGUCUUGCAACGGCUCUGUAACUGGACUCAAUUAUGACUGCACCCCAGAAAAGUGCAAUUUUAGAGGAGUAUGCAAUAAUCUUCGGCAUUGCCAUUGUCAUUUAGGUUGGGAGCCUCCACACUGUGUAGGAGAAGGAUUUGGAGGGAGUUUAGAUGGCGGACACCUUCUACCUAACAUGCGCACAAUAAGACAGAGCAAAGAACCAAUAGUAUAUUUAAGAUUGGUCUUUGGUCGUAUUUACCUCUUCAUUGCCUCACUGCUCUUUGGAGUGGCCUUUCGUGUUUGCUUUACUAAGAUUAUCAAGUAUGAAGUUUGGAAGGCAUCUGUUUUACUUCAUUUACAGCAACAAGGGCCAAUGCCCUGA